CAUUGGAUAACUGCAGCAGCAGCAGCAGCAGAGCAGCUCGGUGUUUCGCAGCGAAGAGAACGACUCAGAGGAUAUUUGUGGACUCUAGGAAACAUUCAGCUGGACAAUAAUCAAAGAGUCUGCAUCUGCUUGCUGCUGGGCCUGAAGAUCCACAUUUCUCACGCUUAGAUUUUGUGUCCAACAAAUUGAGUGCAAUUAAGGCUUUGCUUGGACCCAGGUCUGAGUGUUAAACAUGGGAGACCACCUCCGGCCCCUGCUGCUGCUCCUGAUGCUCCUCGCCAGGCUGUCACAGCUGUGGGCCUUGCCCUUCAGCCCGUCCCUGGACCUGGAUGUCACCCCCAGGACUACUGUCUUCUACAAAGGUCUGUUGGGCAGAGCCAUUUUCACUGGCUCUUCCCAGAACCACAGCACCCUCCUGCUGGAGGAGGGGGCCGGGCUGCUGUACGUGGGAGGCAGAGGAGCCCUGCACGCACUCAACACCUCCAACAUCUCCACAACUGCAAACCUCACAAUUGAUUGGGAUGCUUCCCCUGAACAGAAGAGGCAGUGUCUCAACAAAGGGAGAGACAAUCAGACAGAGUGCUACAAUCACAUCCGCUUUCUGCAGCGAUUCAAUGAGACUCACCUAUACGUCUGUGGAACAAACGCCUUCAGACCUCUUUGUGCUUACAUAGAUGCAGAGCGGUUCAGAUUCUCCUCCGGCUUUGAGGAGGGCAGAGACAGGUGUCCAUAUGACCCAGCAAAGGGAUACACUGGCCUCCUCGUAGACGGUGAGAUGUUCACAGCCUCUCAGUACGAGUUUCGCAGCUCUCCAGAUGUGCGCAGAAACUUCCCCUUCCCCACGCUCAGGACAGAGGAGGCCCCCACCCGGUGGCUACUGGAGGCAGAUUUCGUGGGCUCCGUGCUGCUGAAAGAGAGCAUCAACAGCUCUAUCGGUGACGACGACAAGAUUUACUUUUUCUUUACGGAGAGAAGCCAGGAGCAGAUUGCCUACCCGAGCCAGACCAAGGUGUCCAGGGUUGCCCGAGUCUGCAAGAAUGACUGGGGUGGCCAGAGGACCCUGCAGAGGAAGUGGACCUCCUUCCUCAAGGCCAGAAUGGUGUGUUCAGUCCCAGAGUAUGAGCUGCACCUCAAUAUCCUGCGCAGUGUGUUCGUUUUGCAGGGUCGAGAUGCUCAAAGCAGCAUUUUCUAUGGCGUCUUUGGCUUGGAAUGGAAGAAUAUCAAAGCAUCUGCUAUCUGCCAGUACGCCUUCUCAGAUGUGCAGAAGGCUUUCGACGGGCCGUACAUGGAGGUGCAGGACUCAAAGUGGAGGGAGUACACGGGGAAAGUUCCAGAGCCAAGACCUGGAUCUUGUAUAACAGAUGUGCACAGGUCCCAGGGCAUCAACUCAUCUCGAGACCUCCCAGACAAUGUCCUCACUUUUGCCAGAAGGCACCCACUGAUGGCCGGCCAGGUGCACCCAAUAGGGGCGCGCCCACUCAUGUUCAAAAGAAGUGUCAACUAUGUCAAGAUAGUCGUGCACAAGGAGCCGGCGCUGGAUGGAAACAUUUAUACAGUUCUGUUUUUGGGAACUGAUGACGGGUGGCUGCACAGAGCUGUAGACAUUGAUGGAGAAAUGCACAUCAUAGAAGAGUUGCAGCUGUUUGAAAAACCCCAGCCCAUAGAGAGCAUGGUCAUAUCCUCUGCUCUGCGGAGUAUCUAUGUCGGCUACCACUCUGGAGUGGUGCAGGUACCGAUGUCCGCCUGUCAAAGGUACACUUCCUGCUACGACUGCGUAUUCGCCAGAGAUCCGUUCUGUGGCUGGGACGGGAGAGCGUGUGUGGAAAUAUCUUCACGUGCACUGAGGUCAAACCUUACCCAGGAUAUCCUGAAGGGAAUCAGGGGCUGCAAGGAGAAUUCAGGAAACGUGGUCCAUCGGAGGCGUUCUGUGAUGUCUGGUGAUGACGUGCUACUUCAGUGCGAACUGCGCUCCAACCUGGCAACUCCGCGCUGGACGCUAAACGGCAAAGAACUCCAGGGAUACGGCCUCAAUUCGGGCUACCGCAUCGGCACGGAUGGCCUCCUCAUAAUCGGCGCUCGUGCCCAGCAGAGCGGGUCUUAUCGCUGCUUUGCCGUGGAGAACUCCGUCUCAGUCCUGGUUUAUCUUUACACAGUCAGGGUGCACACGGACUCGUACUUCCCCGUGGAGCCCACAGCCACGACUAACCCCACGACAGUUUCCAGCCCGACUGUUUUCUCCACCAGCGGCCCCACUGAGCAGCCUCUGCCCUCACCUCCUGCCCCGCUGCCUCCGGGAGCUGAGUUCCAGACCUACAGACACAUGGAGGCCGUGUACAUUUCCCUGGUGGCGGUUCUCGGCGGGCUUUGCUUGGUGUUGACUGUGGUGCUGCUUUAUGUGAGCUUCUGCACCAGACGCGUCUCUCAGAACCGAAAGUUCUCCCAGCAGGGGCUGCAGGUCCUGGGGGGCUCUGAGAGAAAGAGGAGCUCCCAUCUCGAACUUAGAACCAUCUCCAGCCACUGCAAUGGCCGCCAGGGUCGUCGCUCCAUCUCGAUGACAACUUUCGGGGACAUAGGUGAUGGAUUCCUCCAGAUAGUUCCAGGUGAGGGCCAGUUCUCUCCAUGCAAAACACCUCCUCCAGCCCCUCCUCUACCUAUGCCACCUCCGCUGCCCAACACAGACUACACCAACGGGCUGUCGGCCACUCUGCCCAGCGUGCUGAGGAAGAUGAACGGGAACAGCUACGUGCUGCUGAGGCAGGCCGACCCCGAGGGCAUGUCGCCGCUCUACCACUCCUUCACAGAGGAGCUCAACAGGAUCCUGGAGCAGCGGAAACACACACAGCUGGACCUGCAGCCUGAUGAGAGCUCCAUCUAGGACGCCCCUCUCAGUCCUUGUCGUUAUUUAUUUUUACCCCAACUGUGACCCGUAGUUGUGGGGAGAACUGACUGUUGUAUCAAACACUGCUGUUAUUUACCCAGUGUCAGAGUACCUGCAGGUCAUGUCCUCACCUGAUCUGAAAUGUGCAGCCUCCUGUGUCUCCCAUGCCAAAUGGCCCAUGAUUUCACUUCAACAAUGGACGGCACUAACCAGAGAUUGCUAUUCAAAAAGUGGAGCUGUGAAAAAUUUGGCCAUAGACUGCACUGUUACAAAAUUACAACGAAUAGGGAGCUCAAUGAUGCUACCCCGGUGUAAACUCCCCGGAGGCUUUGAACGAUGGUGGUCAGAGAUGACAACGCAGAGAUGCAAACUGGGACACAGAAAUAAAUCCGGCCAGCCAGGAGGUGAUCACGUAUUUAUGAGACUGUGGGAGUGUUCAGGAAGUUUUUAGUGCCAUGUAAUAUUAGCCCUCAAUGGAGCAGAAAGUGAUACUCCACCCAAAAUCUAUCUUUUGUGCAUUGUUGCAUUUGGCUACAGUGGGAAACUACCUUUCACCUAACAUGCCCAUACUGAGAGCCUUUCCCUGCGUGUUGCAAAUCUGACAUUAGGAUGUUCCUGUUCAAUGGUCUGGGGGAGAACAGGUUUGAACCCGUAAUCGCAGGAGCUGACUCUGUAUCAGCCACGCCUUCCAUGAGGCUGGCGGUGAUAGUAGUAGAUAGUAGACUGUUUCAGCUGCUUGGCCUCCUCUGGGUUUGGGCGGAUAUUGGCAGUUCAGGGUUCUUUUGUGGACAAAAAAUGCAUCCUUCCGGGAUGAAUUGGCUGGCAUCCCACCUCCAGGUGUCUCGCAUCAGCGGCUAAUAAGGACACAUACACUUCUCUCCCCCAUUCCGUGUGUGAUGUCAGAGCUGACCAUCCAGUCUCCUCCUACAAAUGCACUUACCUACCCAACUGAAGGACCACUUAACAUUGUUUUAAACAAGCUCAAGCAUCCAACAAGUACAUGAAAAUGUUUAAUGGAUUGAUGUUUUAACAGUGAAAACGUGUCCAAAUAGGAAUCCAUUGUAAGGCUGCAACUAACGGUUGUUUUCACAAUCAAUUAAUCUGGCAAUUAUUUUUUUCUAUUUAUUGUUUAGCCUAAAAAAUGUGAAAGAAUAGAAAAUAGUAAAGAAUGCACAUCACAUUUCCCAGAGCCCGGUGUGGCGUCUUCAAAUUGGUGGUAUUGUUGACCAACAUCCGAAAUCCCAAAAAUAUACAAUUUGAAAUGAUAUCAAACAGAGAAAAACAGCAAAUCCUUGCAAUUGAGAAGCUGAAACCAACGAGUGUUUGACAUUUUUUGCUUCAUAAAUGACGCUUAACCUGAAUAAUUGUUAUGAAUUCAAUCUGAACACAAGCUUUUGUUCUCUAUGAAGGAGCAAACUACUCGUUUUACAGCCACCCGUCAAGCCCGGGGUGGCGCCUGUUUGAUAAGAGAUAGAUUUUAUGUGGGGUAUCACUUUAAGAAGGUGUUACAGUAAACGAGAGCUCAGGUGGUAAAACAAAUCAUACAUUUACAUUUAUUUAAACCACUCUUUCAUCAUUUCUCCUGCCCUCAUGUAAAUUGCAAUACUGUAAUUGCAUCACUGUUUCAGAUGUGAGAAACAGUUUGUUCUGUCAGUGCCAGUGGCAAGAGCUGUGGGGGGAAGUAGACACAGCUCUAUGUAAGGCAGCUUAAUUAGUCUAUUAAAGACCAUUAAAGGUGCAGUCAGUUUGUGGUCAGAUUGAUUGAAUUCACUGAAGACCGCAGACUGGCUUCAGGGCCCAGAAGGCUGCUUGGAAUACACAAUACACUGAAAACAAACGGUCGAGAUGCUGUAAAGAAAAUGCUUAUUUGCCGUUUUAUAUUUAUACAGCUAAACAUACAUAUACUUUGUCUUUUUCAGACUGAAGCCCUGUUUUUGUACGAUCAUUCAUCACGCCUUCAAGAUGUUGCAUGAGUUUCAUGCCAACACUUAGAUUCUUUCAAAAUGAUUUUACAAAGAGGCUAAAUAGUUUUCUCAUCUAUUUCUUAAACAUGUCCUCUGCUGUGAAAAAGCUGCUAGUGGCGAUCGAAUCGGGUCUAGGAAGACCUUCACACAUGCAACCCACAAAAGCAUGCUCAGUGUUUACCUGACAUCAGAGCAAUGCCAAAACAACAAGAACUGCAGGGCCUACAGUAUUUCCUUGGCAAGGUGACCAGCGCUAUGAUGAAAUAGCACAUGUAUAACCUAGAGGGACUGAAAUGAAUCUUUGAGUAGUUUGUAAAUGUGUCACUUUCCAGCAAAGUGUUGAAUCAGCUCUUGCGGUGGCUCAGCAGCAGCUCUCUACGGUGCAUCUGUCAGAGCGUCGCUGACAGUAACAGGGGUACUUGGCUUGGCUCCACAAAGAGAGGACGGGGGCUUCUUGUCUGUUUGCAUAGAGCGCUGUCGUCUGUGCAGGUAGAAGCAGACAGAAAACAUUUGACCUAAGUGUCCUGGUUAGCGAUGCAGGAAACAGAUGAUGAUACAAGGAGGCAGCAGCUAUUUUGCACUUGUAGGUUUUCUGUCGUCCUCUUAUCUGCCUUGUAAGCCACUUUAUUCUGAGAAUAUACGGUCCAGGAAAUGCACUCUAUGCAGAUGGAUAAAUGUCCUGGCCUAAAUGGAGGACAUUGUGUCUGACCAAAGGCCUCAGUAUGAUUCAAAUAAGGGCUUGCCUGCUUGUGUAUGAGGCUCUUUCUUUUCAUGCUUGGCACUUUUUUGUGUGCACAGCUGAGUGCAACACUAUGAAUAUUGUUGUUGUACUAUUCUUAGCAUGCCCCUCUCUGUGACAGCAGGCAUUUUGGUCAUUCACCUUUAGACAUGGACGACACAUUGUUUUAAGCAUGCUGAAACUUUAACCACUUUUCUACUUAUUAUGUUUACUGAUUCUUUUCAGUGCGGCAAUCUCAUGACGUUAUGCCAAGCCUCAGUCUCAGUAGUUAUAGGCUUGUCUCUUUACUAAAUGCAGACUAUUUAUUAGCCCAAGUGUUAGCCUUUUGCUUAGAGUCUGUUCUUCCAGACAUUAUUUUAAAGGAUUAUAUGUAAUUGAUUAAAAAUAGAUCUUUUUUUUUAGGACUUAAGAAUUUUUUCACUGUAUGUUACAAUAUGUUUGUUUUUUUAGAUUGGAUUUACUCCAAUUUUUUCUUUUUUCCUUUUUUACUUGGCUAACAUUGCUAUAUUCCUCACCAUAUGCCUUUGUGUGCUCCAAUAACAAUUAUUCUAAAUAAUUUCCUCUUGGCUGUCCACUUUCACAGUUUCUGUUUGUCCUCAUGGACAAAUCCAAAUAUGGAUAUUAUUGAAGGUGUAGCUGAACAGUAUUGGACACGCUUUCACAUGUGUGGCUAUAGAUUGAAUUUAUUUUGAAUUAAGAGUGAACUUCUGUCAGUUAAUUAUAUCGGCCAAACUUUCCAACACAUCAUUUAAUAUCUCCUGCGGUUACAUAUUAAGGUGUGUUUUUCUCUGAAAAGUGUUCUGCGAUUCGACCUGACCUGUGUGUCCUGGCCAGCCAUGCAGAGAACAGUUGAGGACAAAUGGAUGUGUUGGCAGAAGCUACUUUUUUUUUUUUCAACAUUUUUAACCUUUUAACUUGUUUUCUUCCUCAUCUUCAUUCCUCCCCUCUCUCCCUCUCUGCCUGUCCAUCUCAUCACCUCUGCAUGACAGUAUCAUCUAAUACUCUCUCUGCUCACAUUCACACUUUCUCUAUCACUCUCAAGGACCCUUCUGAGUUUACAAAUGGCCAUGAUGGCCCCUAAUCAAUUAGAACCAGUUUUCAAAGAUCAUUUUUUGGGGCAUUUUAGGCCUUUAUUUAUAUAGGACAGCUAAAGACAUGAAAGGGGAGAGAGGGGGAAUGACAUGCAGCAAAGGGCGGCAGGGCGGAGUCGAACCUAUGGCCGCUGCGUCCAGGAGUUAACCUCUAUAUAUGGACACCACGCCUGCUCUACAGGUGAGCUACCCAGGAGCCCAAUAUUAUUUGUGAGAAAGUUUUGAUUGCACACAUUUCCCAUAGGACUCAGACAGACAGAGUAUAAUUAUGUGUCCUUAAAUUAUAAUAUACUAACAGUGCUCAAAAAGAUCGACCAGGAUCAAACAAAGGUUUUCUCAUCCAUGCUAGGGCCAUAUGUUUCUGGUUUUUUUUAUUACGGAGCUAGGGCAGGGGGUAAUAUUCAGAGAAAAAACUCACAAUUUCUGAGACAAAAGUCAUUAAUUUACAAGAUUAUUUUAGUAUAUUCUCUUAGAUCAAAGUGGUACAUUUACGAGAAAAAAAAUCACAAAUUUAAGAGAAAAUUUUUUUUUCUUGUUAGGUUACAUUUUAUUGCAAGUUUAACAUUUCUACUGAGUUAGUUAGAUGUUACAGUACCGAUAAUAUAACAGCUUUCAGAAUAAAGUUCCCUCAUCAAGUUGUGGACAAACUUUAACAUGUCGGAAGCUUCAUCUGAAUCUGCGAACGUCGCUGCUGCUUCAUUCUCACUUAAGGACAAUCUGUUUACAAUAGACACUGCCUCUGCACUGUAUAUACUACAGUAUAUUAUGGACUUUUAAAAUAGCUAACAUAUUGGCUACCAGUUUUACAGUCAGCUUGUUUCUGUACACAAACCCACAGUAAACCCAGUGCAUCAAUAUGCAAGAUACGGUAUAUUUUAUGUCGAUUAUUUCCCUGUGUUGGCCAAAGAAAGUGGUUCACAUUUGCACAGUUCGUUUGUAAGUUUGUUAAAAGUCAUGUAAUAUACUCUUGUAAACUGUGACAUGUUUUUUUUUUGGUAGAUAAUGAACGUAUCUAUGUGGUUUUCUGGCUGAAGUGACAUCUUUGCUUCUUGUAAGAUAGUUUAGCCACCUGAGCUGUUGCAGAAAGAAUUGUUUUUAUGUUAUUUCUCAUGUCUUAUUUAUUUGAGUCCAUUAAAUUUCCACUUGCUUUUGUGCAGAUAAGAACACGUUGCAUUAUGCACAGCUUGGUAAAAAAAAAAUAGUCAGUGUCAACAGCCCUGAGGGGAAGUCAGGAAAUGACACGCAAAACAUGCUCACACCUUCUCCUAGUCUCAUGACACUCGCUUGUUUUUAGCUUGUGGCAAGCACCAAGGCCACUGUCCUCCAGUGGGAAUGGAGCCCACACGAUCCCAGAGUCAUUUACAUGCAGUACAUAUGCGACUCUGACAGAGCAGAGAUAUAACAUAAACUCAGAGGGGGGAUAAAAUGGCCAUUUUCAGAGCAGUGUUCAAGGCAGUACCUUAGCAACAGCAUCUUUAUUUAGAGCCUUUAAUGUCCUAGCGUGGGUCUAGCUGUGCCAGUUCCCAUUGGGGAGUGCGGGUGUGAUGAGAGCAAAGUGGCCCUGAUAUCUGUAAUUGGUGUGAUGGAUAAAUUAAAAUACAGGAAGUGAGCAUGAAACAACAGAAAACAUGUUCACAUCAUCAGCCAAUUAUGCUUGAAUUCCUUUCCUCACUUUAAAACAGGCUAAACUGUUUGAUUUGACCUAACUUUGGUGAUAUAAGUUUACAGAUAAUUUGAAUUUAACAAAUGUAUUGGCUAAGCAGUACAUGUAUAACAACAGAAACUGCAGUCUUUAUGUCUGUGGGUAAUUUAAUAGGAAAGGGGCUUCCACAUUUUUAUCAAAAAUGCAACUCAAGUACAGAUAUUUGGGAGAAAAUGAGUGAAAUCAGCACCAGUGUUCCACUGCAGAGCUCGGCUCCACUGUCUCACACUCAUCACCAUCCUCAGCAGUCAUCUCACGCUCCUAUUCUACAUAAUUUUUCCACAGAUAGCCAAACCAUCUCCUGCAGCCAGAGCUAUAGAUGCCAGCAGACUAGUAUCCAUCCAUCAACAGAAACAUGCAAUCUGUCCUGGGGGCACCUUUCACGUGAUGCUUAUUUGUAUUCAUCUGAUGACUUGUACUUUAUUGUAUGGAUGAACUUUUCUUGAGAAGAACGACGAGGUCAUUUGUGGAAGAAAAGCAAGGGUCAAGCUGUGUGCCUUUUGCCGUCAAAAAUGAUGAAUUCAGAGUGAGAACAGCAAAGAAAGCAGCGAGGAGUUUUGCCAACAUCCGUCUCGUUAAAUUUGAACAAAUCUCCCACUGGAGGAGUUCUCUGUUCCUCUUACAGCUGACGCAGAGGACAGCUCUGUGCUGCCGAAGGUUAGGACUUGUCCCUCAAGCUAUCACACAACCAUCUGUCAUGUUCAUCUAAGCUCUGGAUCGUUUAAGGUUGUGCAUCGAAGAAAACCCUUAAACCUCAUCAGUAUUAGAACUGUAAAAACAUGUACAUUUCCCCCCCCGUGUCAUUCAAAUAAAAAAAUGUGUACUUCUCAAA